AUGAAGCCGUUUCCUUCCCUCCUGGCAUUGGGGUUGUGCCUAAUGUUCAGCCAGCCAGUCCUGUCUACAGAGGAAAGUUUGGGUGGCCCUUUCAUUCACAGUUCAGUGGAGGAGGCAAAGAGACUCGUAGAUGAAGCCUACAAGUACUCCCGUGAAAAGUGAGUGAACCUGACAGUUGACCUCUUCAGAUGUAGUCGAUCAUCUCUGUCUUUGUAAAUUGUGUCAAAUGAAAUGACUAGCACUAGCGCAAUUUUCUCAGUCAGUCGAAGAGACGAAUUUGCACUAGCCUUUCUUUUUUCCUCAUUUCACUUUAUUUGUACCUUUUGUAUUUCCUUUAGAAAAGUAAUUUCUAAUGAUUAGUACACUAAAUCUACCUCUAUACUGAUAGGAGCAUGUUUCUAUUCAUAACUCUGUCAUCUGCUUAUCCAUAUCCCAGGAGUCUGGAGAGAGUGCGUGGGCAGUCCACCAGGCCCUCAGAUGUCCUGCGUCUCCUGAAGCAGCCUGCCAGGGACACACGCUCUGCUGUACGAUCUGCAGACUACCUGGAGAACACCCUGAGACUGAUCCAUGAGAAAGUCCACAGCACGCACAGGCUGCACAAACGCUCGCUCAACGCAACAGGUCAGUCGCACACACCGUCACAGAUACUCACACAUUCACUUUGUGAAAAAUUAACCAUACGUAUUCACUCAGACAUAGACACACACAGUCAUAAUAAGAACACAUUCCUUAUUACAAGUCUUCCUUAUCCCUUGCUCCUUCUCUCGUUUCUCAGACCUGCUCACACCGGAGGAGCUAGACACCAUUGUCCGGGUAACUGGCUGUGCAGCUCGUGUCAGCAAACCCUCCUGCCGCAACACACCCAACAUGAACAAGUAUCGCACAGCCACCAGUGUCUGCAACAACCUGUAAGAGCACCAGGGGCAUGGCAGGUUUAAUACUUUCACACAACAAUUUCAUUGCCUUGUGCGCAGUCGUUGUAUAGCGUGGAAUAAAAGGGGAAGAGCAAUCAGUGUAUGUCUGAGGUCUGACUAUGGAGGCGGUAGAAGAUGAGGCCAUAUCCCUUGAGUUUCUCAAGUGAGGUUUCUCAAUUCGGAUGUGUAUUUUCUUCAUGCUUAUUAGGAAGUACCCUCGUCUUGGAGCCUCAAACACCCCCUUCACUCGUUGGCUGCCUGCUCAGUAUGACGAUGGGGUCUCUCGACCCAAUGGCUGGGACCGAAACACGCGCUUCAACAACUUUGUGCUCCCUCUGGUAUGAUACCAAUAAAUAUAAAUAAAAAUAUAACUGCCACUAUGUCGCCAAAAGUUAGAUAUAAAGUAACAUAAUUGUAUUCAUCCUUCUCCCUCUGCCCUCCAUCCUUCCUUCCCUCCCUGUGUGCAGGUAAGGGAGGUCUCUAACCGUAUCCUGGCAACCAAUGACUCUGGUGUAGUGAGCGAUCGCGAGUUCACACACUUUGUCACCUUCUUUGGCCAGUGGAACGACCAUGACAUGACGUUCACACCCUUCUCCCCCAGCAUCCGCUCCUUUAGCAACGGCCUGAACUGUAACGAGAAAUGUGAGCGCUCCGAGCCCUGUUUCCCCAUCCAGGUCAGUCACAGCUCUCACAUCACAUCCCACAGCCUAACACUUACAGCAGGCACUAUGACUACACUCUUAGACAAAAAGGUGCUAUCUAGAACCUUAAAAGGUUAUUCGGCUGUCCCCAUAGGAGAACCCCUGUCGGUUCCAUGUAGAAUCCUUUCUACAGAGGGUUCUACAUUGAAUCCAGAAGGGUUCUACCUGGAACCAAAAAGGGUUCUAGCUGGAACCAAAAAGUGUUCUCCUAUGGGGACAGCCAAAGAACCCUUUUGGAACCCUUUUCUCUAAGAGUGUAUACAGUCAUCCCUGCAUAUCUUGCCCUUUUCUAACCAUGGUCAAUGGAUUAUUAGGUUUUCAACCUCUAUCUUGUCUUUUCCUCCAUGACCAGAUUCCUCCCAGAGACCCACGCUUGCCCACUGGCCCAGACAGCUGCAUCCCAGUCUUCAGAUCAGCGCCUGCAUGCGGCACAGGGGAGUCUGCUUUCAAUUUCGGUGGCGUGGCCACGAAGAGGGAGCAGAUCAAUUCCCUGACGGCCUUCCUUGACUUGGGGCAAGUGUACGGCUCUGAGGAUGGGCUGGCACGUGACCUCCGUGAACUCACCAACGAUGGUGGCCUGCUGCGUGUCAACAAAAACUUCACAGACAACGGGCGCGAGUUGCUACCCUUCACUAACUUGAAGGGGAACAUGUGUGCCACCCGCAGGAGAGUCACCAAUGACACCAAUGCCAAGGAAGUGCCCUGUUUCAUUGCAGGUUAGUCUUUUAAGUAUGUUUGUCUGAGGAGUAGACCAAUGUAUAUUUAGGUUAAAGUCUAAGGAACAGAAUGAUGACAAAAAUAGAAAAUUAGAGUAAUUCUUUGACUUUCAUGUGCAACAGUUAUCUGGAUACAGACUCACAAUGUGUAUGAUGUUCAUCUCAAUCACUAUUUGGCCUCACCAGUAAGUCUCUGUCUACCAGGUGAUGCCCGUGUGGAUGAGAACAUAGCCUUAACAUCCAUUCACACGUUGUUCAUGCGUGAGCACAACCGUCUGGCCCGUGCCCUGUGUCGUCUCAAUCCACAAUGGGAUGCUGAGACACUCUAUCAGGAGGCUCGCAAGAUCAUGGGCGCCUACACCCAGGUACCACAAACUGACACAUAUCACUAAUACCCAUGGUGUCAGUUCAUUAUCUCCACUAGACAUCCAGUGCAUACUUUCUAACACCCACUCUCCUUCCCUAUGCUUCUCGUUCUCACACACAUAACUAUUCUUGAAUAUUCUCACAUUGACACAGCUUCCCUAUCAAAUACACACCUAAAAAUAUAUCUACUCUCACCCUCCUAGCUGUUUGUGUUCCGGGACUACCUGCCGCACAUCGUGGGCCCAGACAUCAUGGCCCGGCAGCUGGGCCGUUACCCUGGAUACAACGAGAACGUUGAUCCCAGCAUUGCCAACGUGUUUGCUACAGCAGCGUACCGCUUUGCCCACCUGGCCAUCCAGCCCAUGCUGUCCCGCCUGGACAGCAACUACAGGGAGAAUACCAUGUUCCCCAGUGUGCCCCUGUUCAAGGCCUUCUUCACGCCCUGGAGGCUGGUGUUUGAGGGUGAGUGGUGGUGGGACAGAUAGGGAUGGAUGCUUUGCAGACCCCUUGCCAGUUGUAAGCUAAUUCACUCUCUGGAUUAUUAACAGUAUAUGAUGGAGAAAAGGUUACAAAUGUAAACAUUAUAUUCUCUCUCUGUCCUACUUUAGGUGGUAUCGACCCUCUGAUCCGUGGUCUGGUGGGUCGCCCAGCCAAGCUGAACACCCAAGAUCACAUGUUGGUGGACGCUGUGAGGGAGAGACUCUUCCAGUUCGUAGAACACCUGGCUCUGGACCUGGGCUCCCUCAACAUGCAGCGUGGACGCGACCAUGGCCUGCCUGGUACACACUUGCCUUAUCCUCCAUACCACUAUACUGAUACCACAGAUAAACACAUCUGUACCGUUCUACUUACAUCACAGCUAAACCUUUAGGCAUGUUAACACCAACUAGAAAAUGUCAACCAUCUCUCUCUCUCUUCCUUGAUAUAUCUCUACCAAGCUGUUCCAUGCAGUCAUUAUUUUAUUUCUGUCCCGUAACCUAGGCUACAAUGCUUGGCGUAAAUCCUGUGGGCUCUCAACGCCUUCAAACGAGGCCGAGCUGGGUGUAGUUCUGAACAACAGAGACCUGGCCCGCAGAUUGCUGCAGCUCUACGGCACCCCAGCUAACAUUGACGUGUGGAUGGGGGGCGUGGCUGAACCAUUUGUAGUCAGGGGCCGAGUCGGACCUCUCUUUGCCUGCCUCAUCGCCACCCAGUUCCAGAGGAUCCGCCAGGGAGACAGGUGUGUGUUUUUGGAUGUGGUGUUGUGAGUUGUUCAAGUGUGUUUUGUCUGUCAGCGUAUGCAUGUGUCCUCAUCUUGCCUGUUGAUCCCUAGGCUGUGGUAUGAAAACACAGGUGUCUUCACCUCAGCACAGAGGGAUAGCCUGAGUCGUGCCUCUCUGGCUCGGAUCAUCUGUGACAACACUGGCAUUUCGACCGUGCCCCUUGACGCCUUCAGCAUCCCCAAUAAUGGGAACAACAGACUCACCAACUGCAACCGUAUCCCGCAAUUAAACCUCCAAGCCUGGAGGGAGAGACCUACAACGGCCAAACAGCAGAACCACGACCAGGACAAGAACCAGCAGGAGGAUCAGAAUCAGGAGCAACAACAACAGGACCAGGACAAUGAGGUAAUUGGUUGA